AUGUCGCGCCAUCGCGUAAAGGCUGUGGCUUACGAUGAGGAUGACUUCGACGAUGGAUAUGACUCCCCGGAUCCCGAAGAACAGGAAUUUCUCGAACAGUGUACUGCAGAGGUGUUGAGUCAGCUCCUCGCGGGGUCGCCUUCUGUGACAGCCACGCGGGACGAAGUUCAGGAAGCACUAUGGCAUUACUAUAACGACGUGGAAAAGUCUGUGAACUACUUAAGAAAUAAGAAAGCUAAGGAAACGAAGAAAAAGGAGAGCGCGCCCGCUCCGGCGGCGAAGGCGAAAGUGCCUGCAUACCCUUUGCCUCCCGAUCUGGUUCUGCAAGAGCCUCCACACUUCUCCGCCGCAGACUUCUUCCGCGACUCGCCGUGGCUCAAUGUCCCGGCGCAUCGUAAGGCCGAUAUUCUCAUAGAGCCUCUUUACCCUCGGCUUGGGCUACUUGGAGGGGCUCCUGAAUCUGGCGGAAAAGUUUCGAAACUGGCUGCUUUGGCCGCUGCCCGCAAGAAAAAGGAGGGUGACAAGGCUUCAACUGCAGCCCCUGCGCAGAAUGCUGAGGUGAAUAAAACACCAGUGCCUUCAACGGAACAGAAAGGCGCUUCGUUAUCUCUCCGCGAAAGGCUCGCUGGCAAUGGAAAAAUAUUAAAGCCUGAGGGUGCCCAGUCGCCGCGUCCUUUGGGAAAGUUGUCCCACCCCGGGAGCCAUUCACCUCAGAAGAAGCCAUCUCCUGAACUAGUCAAGCAGAAUGGGGCGUCGCAGGUUAACUCAGCAAAUGUACAACAAGAGCUUACUGCAGAGCCUUUGGUCAAAAAGGAAGAAAAAGAGCAGCCUACUGUCAAUAUUCGCGCCUCGCCUUCUACUUUCGCUAGCACUAUCGUUGGGGAUGUUACGCGGCCAAAACUGACCGAGCCCAGUCCCUUGUUCUCAACUUCUUUGGAUCUGAUGGAGAUAUACGGACAAAAUCUUACUGAACCCUUUGAUUUCACAGGCCCAAGCCCAGAUGAUGUCGUCUUAAACGCACAGAGCUCUGCAAAAGGCUUCAAGUCGAAACAACCUGCUUCUAAGCCGGCUGGCGAUAAGAAAAACCAAACCGACUUAGCGGGUGGCAUGAACAAUCUAAGUGUUGCAGAGAAGGUGACCGUUAAGAGCAAGAACCUGGACGUUUUAUCUGAAUACCAAAAGUCGAAGCGGAAAAAUGCCAUGAAUUUCGCAGUCAUCGGUCAUGUCGAUGCCGGAAAAAGUACGCUCAUGGGCCGCUUACUUGCUGAUCUGAAGGCAAUAGACCAACGUACCCUUGACAAAUAUCGGCGAGAAGCUGAGAAGAUAGGCAAAGGCUCUUUUGCUCUUGCCUGGGUGUUGGAUCAAGGUUCCGAGGAGAGAGCACGCGGUGUCACUAUCGAUAUCGCGACUAACAAGUUUGAGACAGAGAAGACCGUCUUCACCAUUGUAGAUGCUCCCGGCCACAGAGAUUUUGUGCCGAAUAUGAUAGCUGGUGCUAGCCAGGCUGAUUUUGCUGUUCUUGUUAUUGAUUCAGGCACGGGGAACUUUGAGUCUGGUUUGAAGGGUCAGACUAAGGAACACGCUCUUCUAGUGCGGAGUAUGGGUGUUCAAAGGAUUAUUGUUGCUGUGAAUAAGAUGGACUCGGUUCAGUGGAACAAGGAUCGCUAUGACGAGAUCGAGCAGCAGGUUUCAGCUUUCUUGACCACUGCGGGAUUCCAAGCCAAAAACAUCGCAUUUGUGCCAUGCUCAGGCAUCAGUGGUGACAAUGUCACAAAGCGAAGCGAGGAUCCAAAUGUGUCAUGGUAUACAGGUCGCACCCUAAUUGAGGAACUUGAAGCUACCGAGCCUUACUCUCAUGCCCUCGACAAGCCAUUGCGAAUGACCAUUGGUGAUGUCUUCCGUGGAAGUGUGCAGAACCCCCUUUCGAUCUCUGGUCGACUCGAUGCUGGCAGCUUGCAAGUGGGUGACCAAAUUCUCACGAUGCCUAGUGGCGAAACGGCCUUGGUACGAAGCUUGGAAGUGGACAGUGAACCGAGCGACUGGGCUGUUGCGGGCCAAAAUGUGGUUCUCAACCUUGCAAACAUUGACCCCAUCCAUCUACGUUCUGGCGACGUGAUCUGUCGUGCCUCUGCGCCUAUCGCCAAUAUCACAUCAUUCACAGCCAAGGUGCUGGCAUUUGAGCAUCUGAUGCCCAGCAUGGUUGAUGUUCAUCGGGGACGCCUUCACGUACCUGGCCGGAUUAGUCGACUCGUCGCAACGUUGGAUAAAGGUUCUGGCGCUUCCAUCAAGAAGAAGCCAAAAAUCGUUGCACCAGGCUCAGUGGCACGAAUCGUUGUGGAAAUGGAUCACGCAGUGCCUUUAGAGGCGCCUACGAGGGUUGUUCUUCGGGCUGGAGGUGAUACCGUUGCAGCUGGGUUGUUGGAAUAA